CCUUGCCCGAGUCAUUAAAAAGCAGCAACAGCAGCAACAACAAUAAUAAUAACAACAACAACAACAAUCAAAGACAAGCAUUACAAACAAAUUGCCAAAUGAAGUGGUACUCUUAAUUGUGAGUAGCUUGUCUAUGCCAGAUAUUCUCAAUAUACUACAAAUACUCAACCUUCAGAUACAUUCACUUGCUCAAAAGGUUCUUGUCAAAAAACUGGCCUCCGAACCCUACCAUUUGCGCCUUUAUUUUGAUCAGGAAAAUCACUGGCGGUUUACAAUUGAUUUCAAGCUAACCAAAACAAUUUCGAAUAGACUGGCAUUUGCACCUAUCGUAAAGCACAUUAAGGCACGCAUGUAUACCUCUAUGUUAUUAUGUAAGCCUUCCUUGUGUCGAAUAUCUUUGAUUGGACCCGACAUUUUAAUGCACAAAAAAUAUGUUAACGACAACCUGAUGCGAUCUUCUGUCUCACUUAACGUAAAAGAGCUCGAGAUGAUAGAGCAAUAUGUGCCUAAACAACACUUAUGUUUUGUGUACAAAGUAACCAAAGUACCUAAGCAUCAGAUCAAGACAAGACCUGGAGAAAGAUGGGUAGAGCCUUUAGAACUUGAGUGUUCUGUUGACUUCUUGAGCAAGCCAAAAUGUAUAAUCCAGCGUGUAUUUGAUCAUUUACAUUGUAAGUCAGUCAACAGGCAUGAUCAAAAGCAUUUGUCUAGCACAAGAAUACCAGCCCAAGAUCAACGGAAUGGGGUGGCAGAAAUUGGCGGAUUAUGGAAGCAAAAGUAUCAUUAUUUAUCGCCUGUACAAGACAAAUCACCUCAAAUUCCAAUGCUGGGUGCAGGAUUAUCCCUUUAAAUAGACACCAUUUCUUUUUUGUACAUAAAAAACGAUCAACUAAAGUACUAAACAGAAU